UCCGUGGCGCAGGCGCUCAGCGUCAGGAGGGGACGGAGGAGAUGGCGGAGUCGGGGCCCGGCCCGGGCCGGCCCGGCGCUGGGGCAGCGGCGAUGGCGGAGAGCGGCGGCGGCGCCGGAGGGGAGGCGAAUGCAGCCGCGUCGCCGCCGCCGCCGAGCUCCCCCGCGGCGGCCGGCGGGGAGGAGGGCGGCGGGGCGAAGGCGCUGAGCGCGGCGGAGUACGCGCGGCGGGUGCACCAGUGGCUGUGGGACUCGUACUGCGGGUACCUCAGCUGGCAGGGCUGCCUGCCCGCCCUGCUCGCCGCCUCCGCCGCCGCGGCCGCCGGCCCCGCCGCCGGCCCCCCGCGGGUCUCCGCGCCGCCGCCCCCUCCCUGCCCGCUGCCGGGGGCCGCCGCCGCCUACUACAGCCCCUUCUACCUCUUCGCUCCGCCGCCGGCCCACACGGCCGCCGCCGGGCCGGGGCCCCGCGCCGCCACCGCAGCCGCCGCCACCGCCGCUUGGCCGGGAGCCACGGGAAGGCUGGCCCCGGUGCCCCGCGCGGCCUCCAGCAGCGCGGCCGGCAGCAGCGGCGCGGCCCGAGAGCCGGGGCGGCCGGCAGGCCGGGAGUUCAUUAUCCCUUCGUUGGCGCACAGGUUCAUAGCAGAGAUGGUGGAUUUCUUUAUUCUCUUCUUCAUAAAGGCAACCAUUGUUUUAAGUAUUAUGCACCUCAGUGGAAUAAAGGACAUCUCCAAAUUUGCCAUGCAUUACAUCAUUGAAGAAAUAGAUGAAGAUACAUCCAUGGAAGAUUUGCAGAAAAUGAUGGUGGUAGCUCUCAUCUACAGGUUGUUAGUCUGCUUCUAUGAGAUAAUCUGUAUCUGGGGAGCAGGUGGAGCAACCCCAGGGAAAUUCUUGCUUGGGCUGCGAGUUGUGACAUGUGACACGUCGGUGCUGGUGGCACCCAGCCGUGUGUUAGUCAUUCCAUCCUCCAACGUCAGCAUGACCACGUCCACAAUACGAGCUUUGAUCAAGAAUUUCUCGAUUGCCUCGUUUUUUCCUGCAUUCAUUACACUGCUGUUUUUCCAGCACAACAGAACAGCCUACGAUAUCGUAGCAGGAACUAUUGUGGUAAGAAGAAAUGGAGUCAGAUGAUACCAAAAGAUGAACCUUCCAGACUGGUUUUGACCACUCCCCCUUCCCACCCCCAGCGAACAAAGACCUACCCCAAAACUGCAGUUGAGCUGUCUGUCAGAAUCUUUUUGCCCGGAUCAAAUGGGAACUGAUUCAGAAGCUAAAGAAAAUGUUUUGUUCUGGUGUGAUGCCAGCAGCUACCUUCAAACUGUUGGGAGUUUUUGGAAAUGCCAAAGAAGCUUGGGAGAAACAAUGCACGUGAAAUCUGGAAGUGUUAAACCUCCGAUUGAGAAGUGGCUCCUAUUUAUGAACUGCAGAAAGGAGCCGUUCCCUUUGUCCAUUCUAGAGGACACCUAGAACUACUCCACUUUAAAAGCAACGUCACUCCUACAGUUUGGGAUGUUGGCAGGUAACUAGGAAAUCAGAUUGUUUGCCAAGCAGUUGCCCAAGUGGCAUGAUAAGCCCUGAGGGGAAGAGAACUGCAGUAUUAGCACGGCAAAAAUUUAACUUGCCACUUGUGUAGAAAGAGAUGAGCAGUGGUUAUCAUGUCCCUUAUUACUGCUUCAUGGAUCAUAUUCCCUCACCUCUUUAAGUAUUUUAUGAGGACAUUGAUGUGACAAAGAUUUUUGCAUGAUUCUCAUGUUGUCUUUCACCUGUCAGAGCCAAUAGAGAGGUGAAAUGAUGGCUGCUUUCUCUGGGAAGGACGUGUUACGCCACAGUGUUAGGGGGCUGGCGCCUGUAAAUACUUCUGGAGCUAUAAACACAUCAUGCUAAGGAAAGGCAACUCCUCUUCUUUGUGGAGUGAAAGCACUUGGCUGUUUCUUGCAUAUAAGGCCAAGCAAAACAAGAGGAGGUGUUUCAAUCUACUGAAGUACAAAUACUGGUUGUUUUCACGUGAUAAUUCUGGCUCACUGUUUGUAUAUUCAGAAUAACUUAAAUGCUGAAUAAAGAAGCCUAAUAUUUUGCAUGGUUACACA